GUGGGCGGGAAAGACCGUAUUUUCCCCUUCAGCCGGUGGCAAUAGAAAAAGAUAGAGCGUUUCCAUUUUUUUUCUUGCAGAAUCUCUUCGGAACUGUAAUUCCUAUGGUUUCCCGCCGCAAUUGCCAGUUCUUCCCCCUCACACUCCUCCUCCUCCUCCUCCUCCUCCUUUUGCAAUUGGACUUCGUCGCCCACUUGGUUUUCUCAUCUUCAGUUCGGCUGCGGCUGCAACCGCCAACACAAACUUCACUUGUACCACCAGGACUGGCACUAGACCGCUUGUUCCAGUUCGACCUUCGUCAAAGUCAUUUUUGAUCAGAGGGGUACGUGGUCGGUCAACCUCGGGAAGGAGCCCUGGAAGAGGGAGGGGUUUGGAGACAGAGAAAGGGCGCGCUGGCGGAGGAAACAGGGCAGACGACGAAGGGGCGGAGAGGAGGUGGUCGCCCGGUUCCUGCCGGGGGGGAUUUAAAAAAAAGCCGAAAAUGGGAGAGGAAUACAGUGAAGACCUGAUGCAGCAGCUUUCCUCCAACUCGAACAACUCCAACCAGAAUUCUAAUCAGAACUCCAAUCAAAAUUUGCGACAGAGGAUACAGAAGCUGGAGGCGCGCCUGACUGGAGGAGUGCCAGCGCAGGUGAUGGAUGCCUCCCUGACGCGAUCAGCGCAGCAGCAGCCAGCGUCAACUCCUCCGCGAACCGCGCUCACGCCGUCUCGAAUGGCAGGAAAUGUGGUCCCGGCGUCCGAACCCACGGGAAUGGACGGCAUGGCUCUCUCCUUGUCCGAUUCAGACGAAGACGUCCAGGAUUUUGCUAUGAUUCCACAAAAACGGAAAACGUUUGAAGAUGACAUGGCCCUCUUCCAGAUGGAGGAAGGAGCAGGAGCAUUGAAGCGAGGGGAACAAGAUUUGAAUGCCAAGGCGGGAGGGAGACGGAGUGGCAGACGGGCUCGAGCUACACGCCCUAGAUCAUCUGGGGGAGCCCCGACUGCAGUAGCAGGAGGGUUGGCGAAAAGAACGAAAAAUGGGAAGAUUGAUGAACCACAGCUGGGGCGGCUGUAUGAUCGGGGCAUAGAGGACGGAGAGAAGAGUAUUUUUGAGCAAGACUCAGAGCUUGUGGAUGUCAGAUGGGAACAGGAGCACAGCCACAUGGAGGGGGAGCUUUUAGCUCUGAGGAGAUCAGCGGCAUUGUUGGAAGAGAAGGUCGCCCGGUAUGAGAGGGAGAUGGCAGAAGGUCAGCACGUGAAGGACAGUCUGGAAGAGGAGCUCAAGCGUGUCAAGGAUACGGAGAAAGCACAGCAUCAAAAGAGAAUGAAAGUUCUUUCUGAUCUUCUCAUUGCAGUUGCAAAGGCAGAGAGGCAAGAGGCUCGUGCGAAACUAAGGCAAGAUGCCGUACGACUGGGGACUGUUGGCGUCAUGAGGGCUGGAACAGUCAUCUCGGAAGUCUGGGAGGAUGGUCAGUGCUUCAGGGAUAUUCAAGCAAGGCUGGCUAAUGUGCUAGAACAACGGGAGAUUGUGGAAAGGAAGAGAAAGUUGAUGAAAAGGCGGGUCCCGGCAGAUAAAUCAUCCGAUUCUGCAGAGGUUGAUGGCAACGGCCUUGCCGGUGGAGGGGGAGGCGGCGCAGGAGGGGGUGGAGGAGGAACUGGAGUAUUGUCAGAGGAGGAGUUUUUGGUGAACGAGGAGAUGUUCAAGUCAAAGCUUCUUGCUCUCAAAAGGGUGAGUUUGAUGAUGAGCCAAGUGUGCUCUUGUCGUCACAAGCUGCAGAUGCUGUGCUGUCCAGAUAUGGCAUGUAACAAUGCUGCUUGCCAAUGCCAUUUCUCAUCUUGUCUUUGUCACUUGCUCCAUUCUAUUCUGGGGAGCAUCGGUCGGUUCCUUUUCACCAGCAUGUCAAAGAAUACAAUGAGACCCACUCAACACUUCCCUGUGUUCCAGCCAGGGGAACCCCGAACAGCAUUGAACACUGCAAGCGGGGCGCUGAGUGUCAGGAAGGAGGAGGAGGACAAGAUGGUCGCCAUCCUGCAGGAGAGGAAGGAGAAGGAGGCCAAGAAGAAGGCCUUGAAGGAGGAGCAGGCGGCCAAAUUGAAGAAGAUAGAAAAAGAGAUGGCCAAAGAGAAGGAGAGAAUAAAGAAGGAAGAGGAGGCGAAGUUGAAAGAGGUGGACGAGGAAGAAGAGGAAGGACCGCCACUGCAAAGGAAGAGUGGGCAGCACAGUGGCAGCAAGGAUGAAGAAAUGGAGAAGCGGAUUUCAGAAUGGGUCACCAACUUGUCCAUGGGUGAAGAGGAAGAGGUUGCUAUGUACAUCCCCAAGGAUGAGCAAGAAGCCGCCAUGAAAAAAUGGGAAGCAGAGGAAGAUGUUUUGACGCGGCGGGCGAUGGAGGAUGAACAGAGGAUGGCGUGGAAACUCGCGAUGAUGAGGGAAAAGAAGAGAAGAGUGGAGGCGGCGAAUGCAGCAAUAGAGGAAUUGGAGGAGGCGCAGAAAUUGAGAUUACAAUUGACACCCCAGGUAGAUCUCGAACGGAAGGUGGAGAUCUUCCCCCAGAGCGUGGAGCGUGUAGCUAAGGUGCAAGAAAAGCACUAUGAAUUUAGUCGCAGCCAGGAGAUAUCGGUGCGCUCGAUGCGAACAGGAUUACGGGACUUUGCUCGUGAGUUAGUAGGCGCUGUGGGGGCCGAGGUGAGUCACCGCCUCAAGAAGACUGAGCGUUUUUGYGUCGGCGCCAUUGAGGGCGUCAAGGUGGCAGCUCCCAAGGAGGAGGAAACUCGUCCUCGCAGGGAGCCAGUAAAAGUCAAAUUCCCUGAUUCCUACAGUGGAAAAAGGGAAGAGAACUUCGACAAUUGGGAGGCCAAUGUUAGGACCUAUGUGCAUUUGCAACAGGUCUCCCCGGACCAGCAGGUCCUAAUUGCGAUCCACGCGCUUAAGGAUGAGGCCGCUAGUUUUGCAAGGUCCCUUGUUCGCGCUGCCAACUACAGUGACGAUCCAGUUGCAUACUCCACAUUCACCCCCCUCGUUGAGUUCCUGAAAUUGCUGCGCGAGCGAUUUGCUGAUAUCGCUCGUAGUGUUAAAGCGUCAGAUAGGCUGCAGACGAUCCACGCCCGCAAAUGGAAGAGUGCCAGGGCACUCAAGAGUAUCAUGGAUGAGUUGGUGGCUGUCCCGGACCAUGGGGUUACGGACACCCAGUUGGUCGGCCUCUUCUACCGGGCCAUACCCGAAGCCCUUCGAGGGCAUUUCUUCGCAAAGAGCGAAGACCCUGCCACUACGUAUGAUUCUCUUAGUCGUGAAGUGGUGGCUUUUGAAGCCAAGUCUGCGUCUGUGUCCACCUUCUGGCACAAAGACGUGGAUAAGGGAAAGCAAUGGAAGGGCCGCACUAUUUCCGGGCAAGUGAAGACUAAGGAUAGCCUUGUCCUGACCUUAGACGAGGAGGUUGCAGGCCGGUGUCUAGACAGCUGUCCCGAAACGGCUUGUGUUAGAGUUUCGCUAGACACCUCCCUCACAGGCGUGGCCGAAGAAUUGAAGGAGAGGAUGCCCGCCUGGGCCAAGAUGAAGAAGGAGAAUAAAGGGCAACUUAUAUUGCUAGAUACAAAGGUUUUUAGAAGUAGAGUAGGGGCCCUAGUAGACUCAGAGGCCACCCACAACUAUAUUAGUAAGAAAGCGCUGCAGAAGUUGAAGCUGGGACUUAAGGUCCAAAAGCUAGCAGACCCUAUAGUUAGUAUCCUCGCGGACAAUCGCACUAUGGUUGUAGAGGAUUACGUAGAGGGAGUCCAGGCGUAUUUCCGCCUAGAGAAAGAUGGGAAUGUGGAAAGGAUUCUCCACUCCCUGACUCUUCUCGUAGAAGAUAGCCUCCCCUUUGAUAUUGUUCUGGGAAUGGAUUUGGGAGAGGCAGUCGGGGCCACGCUCCAUUUGAAGGAGCACGAGUGUAGGCUCCCUAGUUCGUCAGGCGAGGCUAAGACUGCCCGCCUGUUCCAUGUGUCAGGGGUAGAGAAUUCCUUGGCGCAUUGCUGCCUUAGUGCCCCCGCGUUCGCCAGACUGGUGAAAAAGGAGAAGUUGGAGGAACAAGUUUUUGUUGCCUAUGUUGGGCCAGUGACUGAGCCUACGGAAGAAAGGCCGAUGGACCCUGCGAUUGCCAAGCUGCUGGAAGAGUUUGGAGAUUUGACUGAGCCGCCGACAGGCACGGUGCCGCGGCCCAUCCAGCACCGUAUUGAGAUAGAGCCUGGCAGUAGAACUCCUAAGGGUGCGGUGUACAGGAUGUCCCCGCAGGAGUUAGAGGAGCUUCGCAAGCAGUUAGACGAGCUCCUCGAGAAGGGUUGGAUUAGGCCCAGUUCGUCUCCUUUCGGAGCGCCUGUCCUCUUUGUCCCUAAGAAAGAGGGAGAGCUGAGAAUGUGCAUAGACUAUAGGGGUCUGAAUGCUAUURCGGUAAAGAAUGCUGAGCCACUGCCUAGGAUAGACGAUCUCUUAGAUCGAGUGCARGGGGCGAAGUAUUUUUCCAAGAUAGAUUUGAAGUCCKGGUAUCAUCAGAUAGAGGUGCAUYCUGAUGAYCARUAUAAGACAGCCUUCCGGACUAGAUAUGGGCACUACGAGUUCAUASUGAUGCCCUUUGGACUAACCAAUGCGCCAGCUACGUUCCAGCGCUGCAUGAACGAUUUGUUUAGGCCGUGGUUAGACAGGUUUGUUGUAGUGUACCUAGAUGACAUCCUAAUGUUUAGCCGGACCCUUGAAGAGCAUCAGGGUCAUCUCAGGCAGGUCUUGGAGAAACUGAGGGAAGCUAACUUCAAGAUCAAUGCAAAGAAGUGCGAUUGGGCGAAGACCCAAGUUUUGUACCUAGGCCACGUCUUAGACGGAGACGGCGUUAAGCCAGAGGAUAGCMAGAUCGCAGCGAUUAGAGAUUGGCCCACGCCACGUACGCUGACAGAGUUGCGCUCGUUCCUGGGCUUAGCUAAUUACUACCGGAAGUUCGUGAGGAACUUCUCCACUAUCGCUGCGCCCCUUCGCAGAUUACUUAGGAAGGAGACCAUUUGGAAGUGGGACAAGGACUGCACGUCUGCCAUGAAAAAGUUGAAGCAGGCGUUGAUAGAGUACCCGGUCCUUAAGGUAGCCGAACCGUCCUUGCCUUUUGUCGUCACUACGGAUGCUAGCCAGUACGGCAUAGGCGCGGUGUUGCAGCAAGACGAUGGCAAUGGGUAUGGACCCGUAGAGUUUAUGUCUGCCAGGAUGCCUUCAAUGAAGGUCGCGACAUCUACCUAUGAGAGGGAACUCUACGCUCUCAGGCAAGCGUUAGACCACUGGAAGCACUACUUGCUUGGGAGGCACUUCAAAGUCUAUUCUGACCAUGAAAUGCUACGAUGGUUAAAGACGCAGGCCAAGAUGACACCUAAGCUUACUAGGUGGGCCGCAAAGAUAGAUCAGUACGACUUCGAGCUCAAGCCUGUCAAAGGGUAUGAGGAACUGGGGUUGUGUUUGCAGGAAGAGGAAGCAAUUACUAGGGACAGGGAGCGGUGCGAGGUCGAGAAGGCACGCCAUAUAAGGGAGAUGAAAAGAGUGCGGGAUGAGGAUGCUUCACGUUUCAACCACUUUGGAAUUCUGAAUAAGCGAUAUGCGCUCUUAAACCUGCUUGGGAAGGGUGGCUUCAGUGAGGUUUAUAAGGCAUUUGACCUGGUGGAGUACAGAUAUGUUGCAUGCAAACUGCAUCAACUGAACCUGCAAUGGAGUGAAGAAAAGAAACAAAGCUAUGUCAGGCAUGCCAUUCGCGAGUACAACAUUCACAAGAACCUAGAUCAUCCACACAUCGUCAAGCUCCUUGAUAUCUUCGAGAUUGACAACAACACAUUCUGCACUGUCCUCGAGUACUGUAACGGAAAGGAUUUGGAUGCAGUACUCAAGGGAACACCUAUCUUGCCAGAGAAGGAGGCAAGGUGCAUACUUGUCCAAAUUUUUUCUGGGCUAGUGUACCUCAACCAGCCAGAGCAUAGGGUGAUUCAUUAUGAUCUUAAGCCUGGAAACAUCAUGUUUGAUUCCACGGGUGAGGUUAAGAUUACUGACUUUGGCCUCAGCAAAGUCCUGGAAGAGAACUGUGGCUCCCAGGGUAUGGAACUCACCUCGCAAGGUGCUGGAACCUACUGGUACUUGCCUCCGGAGUGUUUUGAUGUUAGGAGAACUCCAAUGAUCUCGUCGAAGGUUGAUGUCUGGUCAGCAGGCAUCAUAUUUUAUCAGAUGUUGUUUGGUAAGAGACCAUUUGGCCAUGACCAGACACAAGAGAGAAUUCUGCGCGAGGAUACAAUUAUCCGUGCUAACUCCGUCGAGUUCCCGUCUAAACCAUCGGUCUCAAAUGAUGCCAAGGAGUUCAUCCGGAAAUGUCUGGCGUAUAAUCAGAGGGACAGGCCAGAUGUGAUACUUGCUGCUCAGGACCCUUACCUCUCAUAUGUGAAGAGGAAACCUUAGCAACCAUUCGUUGGUGGGAGAAAGGGGCCCUUGAGUCAUUUUCCAUGUCUUUCAAGCUUCCCUUGCGGAGAAGAGUUCAGGCGAGCCCUGUCCUGCUGCGAGAAGGGGAGAGACCAUAUGAUGAAGCGUAAGUAGAACGAGUGUUGACAAUUAAGGAUUUAGAGAUAGUCCGGGGACAUCAUUCGCCAACUGACCAUACUAAUUACCGCCUGUCUGUAUCUUUGCCCGCUCCUUCAUUGUCUAUUGGACAUCUGUUAGGGUAGUAGGCAGAGUGGCUAAAAUCUGCCACACAUUUAGCAAAGAGUUGGGCUCAGAGUUGGGCUCAGAGCUGGGAGUUGGGCUCAGAGUUUCAAAAUGCGUAUCAUUUUCAUUUUCUCUCUUUCUUUGCGCCGUGAAUUGUUGUCUUGUUUCCAUGUUGAAGUCCGCGUUCAUCCGAUUCCGGUCAUUUCAUUGUCUUUCUGUAGGUUCUUUUUGCUCUUUUAAGUUUUAAGUUUUAAGUUUUAACCAUUUCCCAGCUCAGUUGUUGAUAGCUAGGCAUUGUGGGAUAAGAGGGGCAGCUUAGGUCU